CAGUAGUCCAGGUGGGGUCUCAGGAGAGUCAAGGAGAGGGAGAGAAUCACAUCUCUCAACUCACUGAAAAGAGUUUUUAACCCCAUCAUGAUAAUAAUGAUACACAAUGCCUGAUCAGGACAAGAAGUUGAAGAGCACAGAAAAAGCACUAAAACAAAAGCCUCCUGGGAUCUCUAUGAGGGAUUAUUCUGAUCUAAAAAGGCUUCAGUCUCUCUUAAGUGUUCAGUCAAGGAACUAACAGCUUCCAGCUAUGUAUAUUGAAAGUGGUCAAACCACUGUGACAAGAACUUGGCAAAAUGUCAAAGGCGAUGAACAGCAGUCCAAUGGUCAAUGCCAAGAAUCAACAGAAGCUGUUGAGCUUGAGAAAUUUAGUGUGACCUACAAGAAUGAGAGAAAUUUUAGCAAGCAUCCCAAGCAUCAGCUGUUUCAAGAUAUCUUUACAACUUUAGUUAAGGACAGACUUACCUGCAGGCAAUGGGUUAUUCAAGCUCCGUGCAUGCAUUUUCUUAGAUUAUUAAUCUGCCUGAGAUUAUUAAUAAGACAUCCAUGAUACCAGAAAAUGCUCCACAGCCUGGGCGGAAUUGAAAAUCUAGGUCAGUGUAUGGAAACAGUAGCAAAUGGUUAUCUUAAUUACAGAGAAGAGCAGCACAAUGUAGACAAGUUGGUCAACAUGACAUAUAUUUUCCAAAAGCUUGCUGCUGUUAGAAAUCAAAGAGAAUAAGUUAUAACAAGUGGAGCACAUAAAACCUUAGUAAAUUUAUUAUCUGCCAGAGACAGUUAUGUGUUUUUUGGUGCCCUCCUUGCUCUGACUAGCUUAGUAGAAUGUCCAGAAUGUAGGGAGGAGAUAAGUGUGAUUGUUGAGAACUUGCUGGUGAUAUUACUUGAAUAUGAUUUUCUAACAGGUGAGAUCACAACAGAGUUGCUAUGACUCCUUUGUGCAGAGUCAUGAGUCAAAAAGUAAAUAAAAAUGAAUGAAGGAGUUCCAGUCUUGCUCAGUUUGCUCCAUUCUGAUCACAUCAGACUUCUAUGGAGUAUAGUUUGGAUUCUGGUACAGGUUUGUGAAGAUCCUGAGACUAGUGUGGAAAUUUGGAUCUGGGGUAGAAUCAAGCAGCUCCUUCAUAUGUUACAGGAGGAAAGAAAUCUUGUAUCUGAUCUUGUAUCAAGCUCUUCAGUUGGAAGUUUAUCUAGUGCAAAUGCAGCAGGGAGAAUCCAGUAUCUUCAUUUGUCAGAUGGGCUGAGUCCUGAUGAGAUACAAGAAAAUACUUUCUCACUUCAAGCAGCUAAUUGUGCUGCAAUUACUGAACUAGUGGUCAAUGAGACUAAGGCUUACCAGGUUAUACAGGCAAAUGCAAUAUAUACAAUAGCAAAGCUAAUUUUCAAAGAAAUGAAUGCUGAAAAAGCCAGUUUAUUACAGGAGGAUGUAUUGAAGCAAAUUGCUGAAAGUACUGAGAACGUGAAUCAGAAUAAGGCACCCACAAAUCAUGUAGGCAAUGAUGCAAUUUUAGAGUACCUUGGCAGUGGAGCUUUUGGAAGUGUAUAUAAGGUUAGAAAGCAUAAUGGACAACAUCUCCUGGCAAUGAAAGAAGUCAAUUUACACAAUCCAGCAUUUGGAAAGGACAAAAAUGACAGAGAUAGCAGUGUCAAAAAUAUUGUCUCUGAUUUAACCAUCAUCAAAGGGCAGCUUUAUCAUCCAAAUGUUGUAUGGUAUUACAGAACCUUCUUGGAAAACGACAGGUUGUAUAUAGUGAUGGAUCUCAUGGAGGGGGUGCCAUUGGGAGACCAGUUUCACUAUUUCAAGGAAAAGCAACAACAGUUUACAGAAGACAGAAUAUGGCAUUUAUUUAUCUGACUUUGUCUAGCUCUUUGUUAUUUGCAUAAAGAGAAAAGGAUUGUUCAUUGAGAUCUCACUGUGAACAAUAUCAUGUUGGAGGAUAAAGACAAAGCUACAAUUACUGACUUUGGUCUUGCGAAGUGAAGGCAAGAAAUCUUUCAUGUCCAUCCUGAACUUGUAAAGGGUGAGCUGUAUGGAGGGAAGGCUGAUGUCUGGGCUGCAGGAUGCAUCCUUGAACAGAUGGCCACUCUGAGCCCACCAGUUUACAGCACCAAUAUGCCCUCCUUGGCAACUGAGAUAGUAGGGGCUGUGUAUGAACCUGUGCCAGAAGGACUGUACUCUAAAAGUGUCUCAUUUACCAUUAAGAGCUGCUUGACUCCUGAUGGAGAGGCACAUCCAGACAUGGUAGGUCUUCUGCCUCAUGUGAUGAUGAAAUAUCUGGAGUUUUUAUCCACCUCUCAUCUCAUGCUGGAGAAGAAACUGGAUUGGGAGAGGAGACAAACCCAGUGGUACUUCAUGGAGGCUAAUUGAAAUGCAGUAACUUAUCACCAUCAACUUCCCAUUUUAUCACAAAAAAAUGAUGAGAAGUUGAGUCUGCAUCAUAGCAGCAGUGGAGCAGCCAGUUGCAAAAGUGAAUUUUCAAAAAAUACUGACCUUCCAGUUGACAGUUGUCAGUCUGCACAUGGAAAAGAUGAGGAAAGAACAUAUGAAGCAGUCCUGGUAGAGGAUGACUGGACUAUGGAGAAAGGUAGAUGUCAGCAAAAGAAGCAUCAGGUAUUUUCUCUGAAUGACAAUGAAGUAGACAUAGUGGACAAUUCAAACAGCUCCAGUUCAAGUAAUUUGGAAGAGUCUGCUGUUGGUAUAAUUAAACAAAGUUUUAGUGUUUCUGAAAGACAGGCUCAGAUAAGACCCUGUUUGAAAUGUUCUGGAUCAAGACUGCAAUCAGCAUUGGCAGGAAUUGAUGUAUCACAAGGAAAGGUGCAUCAGAUCAGUGACCCUGUUCAGCAGAUUCUUUUUCAGCUGCACAAAAUUAUCUUCAGCACUAAACUUCCUCCAGCUUUGCAGUGCAACUUGGAAAGGAGAGUUGUUGAGAGAUUCAAGAAAUCCCUCUUCAGUCAGAAGAGCAAUCCUUGUAAACUGGAAACAGAAAUCAAAAAGGUCUUGCAAUAUGCUGCUGAAUUGAUUGAAACCAAUAUCUUCACAACAGAUUGGCAUGGGGUACAUCUUUCUUCAGGUGGAAAUAUGUUGCUUCCAGAUGGUAGAAAAGGCAUUCUUGGCACUUCUGGCAUGGCAGAAGGGAUGACAUAUGAGCAGUUGCAGGUUCUAAUUGAAGAGGUUCUAGAGGAAAGUGGUUAUUACAGUUUCCCUUCUUACAGGGGAAUUAUCACCAUUUCUGAUUGGCUCAGCCUUGGCCAGCAGCAGUUCUGGGGCCAGCGGGCAUUGGCUCUGUCAGACCUGGGGGAAGCUUCUGGCAGCUUCUCACAGAAGCCACUCCUGUAG